GCAGUUUUUGGGCGUUUCUCGGGACGCACUACGUGCCGGUUUGCUACAAGUGUAUCCAAUGUCCCCAGCACCAGGGACUUGUGGGGCGCAGUUCACUGCUGCGCCACUUGCUCCGCGGCUCCCCGAGGUGGCGGUUGCACGAUGAAGGCAGACGCUGCUAAACUGGCCGACAAGAUGCUGCGCGCCCCCAAGUGCUCCAGGUGCCGCAACCACGGCUUCCUGGUGCCCGUCAAGGGCCACGCGGGAAAGUGCGGCUGGAAGCAGUGCACCUGCGACAAGUGCUGCCUGAUCACCGAGCGCCAGAAGAUCAUGGCCGCGCAGAAGGUGCUCAGGAAGCAGGCCUCGGAGGAGGAGCAGGAGCUGGCCCUGGGCCCUCAGGCGCCGGAGCUGGCCGCCGGGGCGGUGGCUGGGGCCGCGGCCGCCAGCCAGGGCCCAGGCCUCCACCUGCUGCCUCCGCCGGCGGCUUCGGGAGAUCUCCGGCCGGAGCCCGAGGGCCGCGCGGCUGCCUACUUUUGCGAGAGGCCGCCGCGGGGCCCCAGCCCGGGCCCGAGCGCCUUCCAGCCUGUCCUGGGCGGCCGCGGCCACGUGGCGGCCCAGCUCGGGCUGGAGGCAGCAGGCCUGGGCGGCCCUGGCCACCUGGAGCUGUGCAGGCCGCUGCGGCCCCCGCCCAGCCCGCCGUUCGCGGAUUUCGGGCUCCCUGUGAACUUCAGCUUGGAUCGUGCCAUGGGGGCCGAGUACCUGGAGCGAGAGCCUUCCAAGCUGUACCCGAGCAUGCAUGCCUACUGCCCGUUCCCGCUGGGCUACCAGGAUGUGGCCCCGCCCCCUGGGAUCCCGCUGCAGACCGGCUUCCGGCACAUCUCCUGCACCCAGUAUCACGGAGGCAGCUUGGUGUCGGAAGCAGUGGGAGAGUUCCAGUCCACCUUCUACCCACCGCCUGCCCCACCGCAGCCCCCGUUCCUCCCGCCGGGCUUCCUCUCAGCGCUCCACUUCCUGCCGCCACCUCCACCGCCGCCACCGUCGCCUUCCUUCUCGCUGACCAUCCUGUCUGAGACAGAGAAGGAGAACCCUGAUGGGCAGGAGGCUGAGACCCCGGGAGAGGCCCGCCAGCUGGAGUCUGAGGAGCAGUCGGAAUGAGCCCAGGCCUCUGGGCCAGCGUGGGGGUGGGGGCGGGGGUGGGGUGGGGGUGUCACAGUGUCUGGUGACAGAGAGGCUAGGCAGGAGACUGAAGCUGAUUCUCGUCUCGAGGGAGGGGGGAGGAGGGUGAUUUCUGGGAUCUUGCAGCCCUGAGCUGUGCGUGGAGGGACCACCUGGGAGGGCCAGGCGCUGAGGAGUGGGGCUGUGGAAGCCCGUGUGUAGGAAUGAAUUUCACUGUCCCAGUGUGCUGCUGUUUAUCGGACCAGCCCCGAAUGGCGGGCUUUGAUUUUCGCAGGCCCCACUCAGCACAGAAGGCACCAUCUAUUCCCGCCUUCUGCUGCCUUUUGCCUGGUCCCCAGGGGGCUGGAACACCACCGACAUCAAGGCCAGCCCGAGCAGCCAAGGCCAAGGGCGCUGACAGCAGGCUCUGCAGCGUCCUGUCUUGCUGCUCUCUGUUCCUGGCCACUGCCCCUCCUCCUCCAGGGGGUUCGACCAGCCAGCAUCCUGACCCCGGGGCCACUUCACUGCCCUCCAUGAAGCUUAGUCCUUAUAGGUACCGUUUCUGGUUUUAAGAAAUCUAGUAGAGUUUGACUAUUUGAUGUUUUUAUAGUAAUUCUCAACUUCCAAAAGUAGGCUGCUCACAAGCACUGACACAGUUCUCAGAGAAUAGGAUGGCGCUUCUGAGUUGCCGGUGACGUCAGCAGUUUCUUCUCUGGGCGCAGACAGCUGUUGAAAUAAAGCGAGCAGUGGAAAAUC